UGGAGAUUUGAGCAUUAACUUCCACCGUUUGCGUUCAACCUAAGAAAAACAUGGCAGACUGAAGGUCUUGUCCAUUUCUGGUCACCUGUUUCCUCUAUUGCAUCGAAUUCAAGUGAGGAGAAUGUGUUGUUUGCCCGUGAUCACUCUGUGAUUCGAGUACUAACCUUAGCUACCUAAACCGUAGCACAGCACAACAACCGACAGCGCAGCAUUUGACACUGCCUAAUAUUUGUAUGGUGUGAUCCCCAGAUCACUUCCUCUGAGUCACAAACGAUUUCCAAUGUGUCGCCUUGAGAUCGUUGGCUGUAUCAUCCUUUUCGUCCACACCAUUAACGACAAACUUUCAAAUAAGAAGCGAUCACACGUAGCAGGGUACGACUCCACACCUACUCUGCGGCGGUGAGACCAGUCUCUCUUUAAUGCUUCAUUUCUAGGCCAUCAUCUUGCCCCAGAAGAUGUUGCACGAAAUCUUGUUCUCAUUGUCCGGACACCCGUCGCCUCUGCUCAGAAAUGAAUACUCCGACGCCAGCGCCCGGUCUUUGUUGUCCGCCCCAGAGCGCGAGCUCCUCAGGACCGCUGGUCACUUGAGCGAGCUCCAUUGCAACCUUAUUCAGCACACAACACAGAUCAGUGCAUCGCACUCGUCGAUUAUUUGCCGGUCAGUUUCUACCGCUAUAAGUUCUGCUCAUUUGGCAGCUUUCCAGCGUAAGAUAUUAGACGUCGAGGAUGGUAUUCUCCGUAAAGACGCUGGCCUGGUUGGGGCUUAUAAUAUCGUCCCUCUCACUGCUGUCAUUGGCGAAUUUUCAGACUGGACAAGAAGGCUAGAAUGGCUGUGGGACUUGGUAAAGUAUAUGUCCAAACAACGAGAAGGCGGGACGCUGUGUACAGGAGCCGACCUCAUGAAUAAAUUACGGGACGAACUACAAACGGGCUAUGCGGAUAUCAUGGACACGGCGCUUGCACUUAUCCAAGUCGCGGAGACGGCUUGGCUCAAACAAAUGUCUGCCUGGGUGCUCUACGGUCGGUUGCCCAAUUUUGGUGUUGAGGACUUUUUCGUACGAAAGAAUGAAGAGGAUGAACUAGGUUACGACGUGGACUAUAAGCUUGUCCCUUCCUGUGUAACUAGCUCGUGCGUAUCCUCUAUGCUAUUCAUAGGCACCUCUCUCAAUCGAGUACGGGCAAUGAACGUUGGGCAGCCCACGCUGGGCGGGCUCGGCCAUCUUUCUUCACAGCUCCAUGAGCUGUCUAAGCUCAGCUUCCCUCUAAACUCGUCAAGUUUAUCGAGAGCAGUAACGGCUAUUCGCUCGAACUUAUCACGGACGAUCUUGCAGAAACUCUUGCCUCUUGGGAGGGUCGUUGAGAUGCUACAGGUUUUGCGUCAAUUCAUGCUAGUCGGCCGCGGAGAAUUUGCCAUGGCCCUUACUCAACAAGCUGAUGAGAGAAACCGCGGCCGUUGGCGCCGUGCAGAUAACCUUGCUUAUCAGAAGCGCGACAGUCUAGGCACUAUUGUUGUGAAGGAGGGUGAGGCAUCGGCUGUGCUUGCGCGAACCUGGGUUGCACUGGGAUCAAUGCGGGGUGAGCAUGCGGAAGAGGAUGAAGAGCUUGAGCUCGCAAGAGAUCUUCUGCAGUUGAGCUUCCCUAUAUCACAAGUUGCAGUGCAGAACACCCAGGGCAACAUGGUCGCCACCCCUUUUCGCAAUCUGCUGCUGUCGUCACCUGUAGAGUUGACUGUGCGUAUUCCCGCCCCGCUCGACCUCUUUCUAAGCAUGGACGAUGCACAAAUAUAUACUUGUAUCAAUUCGUACUUGUUGUCGAUUCGCCGUGCACACCUCCGGCUCAUGGAUUUAUGGAAGGUCACCAGACUACGACGUCACCACCGAGCGCCACCAAGAGCCCCUUUCAGCAUGACUAAAGCUGGAACCGAAAGGACUGAGACACUUCGCACGCGAUGGGCAGAUCGUUCCCUACGCCUGCGGAGUACUUGGACUACAAGCAGUGCCGUGAUAUUCUUCCUAGCGGAGGUCGAAGCCUUUCUGCAAAUCGAGAUCGUGGAAGAACUAUGGACUGAUUUCCACUCCUGGCUGUCUCGCGAACACUCGCUGAGCAGGCCAACUAGUAGCAAGCAACUAGGUGUGAGAAACACAAACACGCAAAAUCAUCCAAAUUUCUCAGACAUUGACGUCUCGGCUCGAGAGAAUUAUGCAACAGUCAAACCGGCCGGCCCCCAUGACAUACAUACUCCCCCAAAGGUAGCACACCAUGAUCCACAGACCCUAUCUGUAGCUCAUAGAUCAUACUUGCGAUGCCUGACGCAACGGCUUCUACUGACGCAACCGACAUUUACGGAAUGCAUGUAUAAUCUGCUUAUCCACACCGACCAUCUUGUGGCAUUGAUUCACCGUCUGGAUGGGGUCUGGAGCUCUAUGGAUCUCGAGAUAGACGAAGGUGUCGUAGACGCGUUUUCGAACCUCGAGGCCGAAGAGGCCGACGUUAAGUCAAAGUUACGUGAACUCGAAAUAAGGGUCAAGAAAAGCGUUGAAGAGGUUAUCGAAGUCCUCAGAGCUCUAAGUAUCGAUCCUCGUUUCUUGACCGAAAUGGAGGAGGGUAGCACCUUAAACAACGAGGAAUCGCAAAGUGAGGAGGAUGGCGGGCAAUACAUACCCAAGAGAACCGGUGGUGUUGAUCGUUUGCUGAUGAAGUUGGACUUUGGCGGCUGGUUUGAUAGUGGCCCAAAGAAUGAUAUAAGUGUUGAAGAUGACGGAACCUAGCAAAGCCCGUGAGCAGGUGACAAAUCCUCCUCCGAAGGACAGGACUUGCAUGGCGAACGGCGCACAAGCAAAGGAUAGUAAUCACAUGUUUUGGAAGACAUUGCAUCACAUGGCUAGGAUAGCUUUUAUGAACGCUAUUG